ACACAUAAUAUUUUAAAUAUUUUUUAUGCAUGAAACAAAGUUUGUGUACAUUAAAAUGUGUCACUCUCACAGCCAUUCAGGUGGACAAUUUUGGAGGAUCUUAUAGUUUGGAAUUCUGAAUAAGAGAGACUCAGCCUGUAGUUCAUGUCUUUAUAACUAGCUUGCUGUUGCCAAGAUUGGAAAAGAGGUCCAUGUGAUUUUCUUUCCCCUCCUGUACCUGAAUAAUUUGGCUGCCUUCCCUUUGACUUGGGUAGAUGUGGAACCAUUUGACUGACAGAGCUGGGUCAGUCAGCAAGAUACCUUGGACUGGUUCGAAUGGAGAAAGGCAAACCCUGGGGUUGGCCUUGUUAGAUGCAAGGAGAGGACUUGUCCAGCACCUGGACAGAAGACUGAACAGUCAGGCAUAGAUGGUACAGCUAGGUCACAGUCAUCCCCAUUAUGCAUCACGUUUUAUUGAAAUGACCCAAACUAUUUUCAAAUUGGAAUAAGCAAAUACUGCCUCUUGUCCUGUCCUCUCUUUCCAGUGGCAUGUAAGCAACAACCCAGCAGACACAAUGGGGACCCAUUUGGGAUGGGAUGCGCAUGUAUGAAAUAUUGGGGUCUACUGACAUUUCUCUUCUUUCUUCUUGCAAGAGGUAUCUGUAUGGAGCAGAAUGUGAGGUACGUGAAGGAGCCCGGUAUUACUAAGGUUGCCACAAAGCAGGAUGAAGGAGAGAAGCUCACAUCCAAUGAACAGGUAGUCAAAGAGACAGUGGGACGUUUACUGCAGGAUGAAUUGGAUAAGCUUCAGGUUGAAGAAGGGUCCAAGAAGGAAAGAGAACCAUUAAAACCAGAGAAAAAAGGAGACAAACCCACAGUGGAGGACGCAUCCAAAUUCAUGGUGAGGGAAAAACCAGGAAAGAAAUGGGACAGUCUAACUUUGCUGGAUGAACUGUCACCAUUCUCGGAGGAGGAGGAGAUGGACGAGCGAAGCGACAGUCCCAGUUUGCAGGAUGAAACAAUGGAGGAGAAAAAGGAGGUGGAGCAGGAGAAACAGAUCCCAAGGCCACCACAAAGCUUAUGGUCUCAAUGCAGAGAGAAGUUAAGAGGUGGUUUGAGCACCAGUAGCAACAGCAGCCCAGGUAAACGGAAGAUAUCCAGUCACCCUUUUGGCUACUUUUCCAGUUUUGCAAAAGCCUUUGGCUCAGACAGUUCUGCUGGUCAAGGGAAGCAAAUGUCAGAUGAGGAAGCACAGCCACGACCACAGCCACAACCACAGCCACAGAAACGCCAUCCAAUGUUAUCCAGAUUGUUUACCUUCAUCGUUUCUGAUGACCAAACCAAGAAAGCAGUCCUGAGAAGACCAACGGUGUUUAUGAAUGAGAACAUUGCAAGCUUACCAACGACCUCAACCGAAGAUGCACAGGAAGGCCAGGAAAGCAGAGAUUCAGCAGUGGCUGUCGAAUCUGAGUUGGAGGGUGACCAUGCAAGGGGUCCUGAGAUCGUCCUGCCUAGACCAGAGGACAACAUCUCUGAGUCAACCAAAAAAGAGGCCCAGAAGGCUGAAACAUCUGCAAAAAGACGUGGCGCCCAUAAACCCGAAUUUGAUUCCUUUAUCUCAUAUCCAGGCAUUAGCAGCUCAGUCUGGAGCAUGGGGCAACAUAUCACCCACUGGAAGACAGCUCACCAUCGAGGGUAUCAUGCAGACCAGCUUACUCAAGAUAAAAUUUACAAAUGCAGGCUUCUGAAGCACGAGCGGGACACCAAAGCAGCCGUGCCACUGCCUCUCCAGGAAGUGAUAGAGGAAGAAGUGCUGGCUAUCUUAAAGGCUACUUUAGUAGACUACCAGCAAAAACUAGGAAUUAAUAACCCCCUCACCAUUCAAAUGGAAGAAGCAGUGGACCGCCUUCAUCUUCAGCUCUGUGCAAGAUCAGUGGUCUGAAUAAAGCAACUGCACCAGAGACUCCCCCAAUUCCAGCCCAGCCCAGAAACCACUGUAAUCUGGAGAACUAGAAACAAAACUUUUAAAUAUA